AUGGGGGAAUCACCAGGGGGCACGAAGUUAUGGAUUCCUAAAGUUGAUGGCAAUAUUUGUCCAACGGUUGGUGAAUUCUUUUCAUCGGUUGAUUCCAUAGAAAAUAUGUAUAGAAAAUACGCGGACGUUGUUGGGUUUGAUAUCCGACUGGCCAGCAAAAAAAUGAACUCGUUGGGUGGAGUGCAAACACGUUAUUUUGUUUGUAGCAAGGAGGGUAUUCCACCCAAAAAGGAAUUUGAUUCUUUAGAAGUUUCAUCGGGUGAGAGGAGAAGAUGUAAUACAAAUUUCAAAUGUACUGGUUGUAAAGCUUGCCUUAAGGUACACUAUGUCAAAGAGAGUGACCGGUACGAGGUUUAUCAUUUCAUUGAGGCUCGUAAUCAUAUGCUUUGUCGUUCGGAUGAAAAGUUGUUCACCCGUUCAAGACACCAACUUGACUACAAGGAUCGUAAAAAUGUUUACCACGCAUCCAGCUCUAAAGUUGGUAUCACUCAAUCAUGCAGGAUGCAAUUGGCAAUUAACGGAGGUUUAGUAUCAUCUGGUGGGACAGCUAGGGAUCAUAUGAACUUUAGAAGAGACAUUAUGCUAUUCGUUGGUAACAAAGAUGCACAAAUGCUAAUAAACAAGAUGAACAAACGGCGGGAACAUUGCCCGCAUGCAAUGAUUUUUGUACCAUUUGUUGCAAUUGACAAUCACAAGAAGUCCAUUGUGGUUGGUGCUUCAUUGAUUAGAAAUGAAUCAAUCGUUAAUUUCACUUGGGUAUUGAAGGCGUUUAUGAAAGCCCACGGUAGUCAGCCGCAGUUUGUAAUAACCGAUCAAUGUGUAGUAAUGAAACAAGCGAUACCUAUAGUUUUUCCAGAAGCUACUCAUCGAUUGUGUAUGUGGCACAUAACAAAAAAAGUGAAGGAAAAGAUCUAUGAUCAUUUAGCCCAUGGGACCUCGUUUAAAAGCAAGUUCAACAAACUCAUAUGGAAUGUACACAUAAGUGCCGAAAUUUUUGAGGAGAAAUGGAAUGCAUUGAUGGAUGAGUUUGGACUGCGGGGUCACUCGUGGUUUGAAAAAAUUCAAAGGAAAGAACAUUGUUCCCUUGAGGUUGCAACUAGAACUACAAUACCUACAUUGUUGUCACCAUCCAAAAUUGAAGCGCAAGCAGCGAAAGUGUACACAAAAACAAUGUUUUUUGAGGUGCAAAAGGAAAUGAACAAAGCAGUAUGGUUUUGUAGGGUUGUCGAAGUAGUAGAGGUCGGUGAUAAGAUGAUUUACAAUAUUACAGAUAAGAACAAGAAUUCUGAGGUGGUUCAUGAUGUAAGGGGUGAUUCUUUUGAUUGUAAUUGCAACCAUUUUGUUCGCAAUGGUAUAUUAUGUCGCCACGCGUUUAAGGUAAUGUUAAAUUCUGAGGUGCAAUCAAUUCCCGAGAAAUACAUCUUGCCGCGAUGGAGACGAGAGUUAGUUCCUGUUGAGUUGUUGCUGGCUCGUGUUAGGUAUGGUGAAAUGGAUGUUGAGAAGCAAGCUUUGAUCAACCAGGCUACGUCAAUGUUUGAUCUUAUUAUUGGGCAUGUACGAAAUGACAAGGGAGCGUUGACAGAGUUUGUGGAGCGAUUGGAACGUUUGGGUGAUGAAAUUUCAUUGGACAUUCCAAUAUUGACAGGUACUAAGCAGAAGAGAAAUGAUAUUCAGGAGCUCUUAUGUGUUUCCGAACCUGAAUCGGUUGAUGUCUUACCACCAACAUGGAUACAUAAUAAAGGUUGUGGAACCAGAAAGCGUCUUGUUGGUAUGUCAGAGAGGAUAUCCAUGAAUGCAAGAAGCCGAAAAGAUUGUGCAGAACUUGUGAUAAAAUGGGGUGGCAUGAUUCCCGCAACUGUCCGUCGAAGGGCGAUAGUACCAAAUAACGGUUUAGGUGUUCGAAUUAUAAUUGUUUGA